UGGUCUCAAGAUGGCCGCCUCCUGGCGUCCCCGGCGCUGUUGAAUGGAGAAAGCUUUAUUGUUCCCUUCGGGCAGGAGUGUUCGUGUCCUCCAUGGCGCUGUCAAUAAAGAACGGCAGUUUGAAUCGGUGCUGAACAGAGAGACAGAGGAGUUUUCAGAAUAUACACCGCAGAACCAGGCUGAGCUUGGGUCUCCUCUCCGCCCACAUUUGUGACCCUGGUGCUCUGGAAGGAGAGAAGGAAAGAGGUCCUCAGGGCAGAGCGGAAUGCAAUGGAGCUCCCCAAUUACAGUCGGCAGCUGCUGCAGCAGCUGUACACCCUGUGCAAGGAGCAGCAGUUCUGUGACUGCACCAUCUCCAUUGGCACCAUCUACUUCCGGGCCCACAAGCUGGUCCUGGCGGCUGCCAGCCUCCUCUUCAAAACGCUGCUGGACAAUACCGACACCAUCUCCAUCGAUGCCUCGGUGGUGAGCCCAGAGGAGUUUGCCCUCCUGCUGGAAAUGAUGUACACCGGCAAACUCCCAGUGGGCAAGCACAACUUCUCCAAAAUCAUCUCUUUGGCUGACAGCCUGCAGAUGUUUGAUGUGGCUGUUAGUUGUAAAAACCUCCUGACCAGCCUGGUGAACUGCUCCGUACAGGGGCAGGUGGUGCGGGAUGACCCUGUGCCAUCCUCAGACUCGUUCCAGAAAGAGACAGAGAGACCGGAAGGAGAGAGCCUCUGCUCGGAGGGCGCUGGAGAGCCUCGUGCGUCUCUGGAGCUCUGCCCUCCUCCACCGGCCCCGGGGUCAGCAGGGCCUCAGGAAGCAGGGCCUCCGGCUGCGCAGGAGAUGAGCGUGGAUCCUGCCACCACCCAGGAGCUCCAGGGCAACGUGGACACCCCAGUGGAGGCUCCUCCGACCACUGGCCUUUGUCCCGCCUCCCCCGUUGCAGCAACGUGUAAGGAGGCAAAGGAGGCAAGGCUGGCACCAGAGCAUGAGGGGAAACAGUACCCACUGACUUUUCUUCUGGAAAAUGCAACUGUCUUCUCAGAUGCACUCUCUGUCACUCAGGACGUCUUGAAAAAACUGGACUGUUCUGAAAUCAAAGGUGCCCAGAAGGAGGGCAUAAUGGCGUGUCUUGAGGGCAAAGACGGACAUUCCACUUUCCAGAGACUUCUGGAUCAAGUGCAAGAUGAGAGCCUGGAUGCUGAGGCCCUAGUGUCCCUGCUGAGGCUGUACCAGGACUCUAAUCCUGCAGUGAAGAAGGCAUUUUCAGACAGAAAACCAGAAAACGUAGCAGUGCAGUCCAAAGGGGGCACCGAGGAGGGGAAGACCUUGUCGGCCCUGUUACUCCUGCACAAAGAGGACCUGAUCCAGUGUGUGACGCAGCUGAGGCCGAUUGUGGAGUGCCUGGAAACCGCCAAGGAGGGCUUCCUGACCGCCACUGAGAAGCAGGUGAUUCUGAAUUGCUGCGAGGGCAGAACACCCAAGGAGACCAUAGAAAAUUUGUUGCACAGAAUGUCUGAAGACAAGACCCUGACUGCUGAGAGUUUGGUAAAGCUCCUUCAAGCUGUGAAGAUGGCAUUCCCAAAGUUGGGCCUUCUGCUGGAAAAUUUGCAGAAAUUCGCCACUUUGCCGAGCAGCACCGCAGCGCACACCAGCCCCGAGGACUAUGGGACCGAGCUCCUGAGACGGUACCAGGAAAACCUCUCUGAGAUUUUCACGGACAGCCAGAUGCUACUCAACAGGAUCUCACAGGCGAAGAAUUUAACCCCUGGGGAGAAGGAGGUCAUGGAGGCACUGGUGAGGCGUGACCCCGGCUCAGGGGCCUUCAGUGCUCUGGUGUCCGAGGCUGCGGAGAAGCAGACCCUACCCGCGACCGCCGUGUGGCAGCUGCUGCUGGCCACUCAGGAGCCCGCGCCCUGCCCGUGGGGCCUGCUCCUGGAGGAAAUCCAGAGGGAGCCCGGCGCCAAGGCUUUCUUCCGGGCAGUGAUGACCCCCGAAAGCGCUGCCUUAGAAAUCAUCCUGAGGCACCGCGCGCUGAUCCUGGCGGCUCUCCGGGAAAGGGCCGAGCUGAAGCAGAGCACCCCCGAGGAGGAGCGGCUGGUGCAGGCGGUGACUGAGAUCCUGAGCAGUUCCUCAGAGACAGCCGGCCCUGAUGCUUCCCAGAGAGCAGAGCCGAGCAGCGCCUCGGAGAAAGCCGUCUCCGCCAUUGAAAUGUGUCACCUCCUGUGCAUCACCCACCCGUCUGUCCCAGGCCUGCAGCCUGUCCUGCAGGAGUUGGCAUCCACUGGUUUCCUGACCCAGGAGAACGGGGAGCAGCGGUGGAAGGUCAGGACUAGAUUUCGCCCCGACGCCAACAACAAAGUGGAUGGAAAGGCAGCCGGGCCCGCCGACGCGGCCUGCCAGGCCGGGAGCCAGAAUGCCCAGGCGGAGCCCGCUUGCUCGCCAGGACAGCAGGAGAAGGACACGUCUGCCUCCCCCGACGCUGCCAAGAAGAGCUUCAUCUGCAAGGCCUGUGACAAAAGCUUCCACUUCUACUGCCGCCUCAAGGUGCACAUGAAGCGCUGCCGGGCGGCCAAGAGCAAGCAGGUCCAGUGUGGGGAGUGCAGGGAGACCAAGGAGUCUAAGAAGGAGCUGGAGAAGCACCAGCUGGAGGCCCAUGGCACAGGCGGGGAGCCGGAAGCGCCCAAGAAGAAGAAGAAGAGGCUCCCGGUGACCUGUGACCUCUGCGGCAGGGAGUUUGCUCAUGCCUCAGGCAUGCAGUAUCAUAAACUGACAGAGCACUUUGACGAGAAGCCUUUCUCCUGUGAAGAAUGUGGCGCCAAGUUUGCAGCUAACUCAACCCUGAAGAACCACCUCCGCCUUCACACCGGGGACCGGCCCUUCAUGUGCAAGCACUGCCUCAUGACCUUCACCCAGGCCUCGGCUCUGGCCUACCACACGAAGAAAAAGCACUCGGAAGGGAAGAUGUAUGCGUGCCAGUACUGCGACGCUGUGUUUGCCCAGUCCAUUGAGCUCUCCCGCCACGUGAGGACACACACCGGAGACAAGCCCUACGUCUGCAGGGACUGUGGCAAGGGCUUCCGGCAAGCCAAUGGCCUCUCCAUCCAUCUGCACACCUUCCACAAUAUAGAAGACCCCUAUGACUGUAAGAAGUGCAGGAUGAGCUUCCCCACGCUGCAGGACCACCGCAAGCACAUCCACGAGGUGCAUUCCAAGGAGUACCACCCCUGCCUGACGUGCGGGAAGAUCUUCAGCGCCCCCUCCAUGCUGGAGCGGCACAUGGUCACCCACGUCGGGGGGAAGCCCUUCAGCUGCGGGAUCUGUAACAAGGCCUACCAGCAAUUGUCUGGCCUGUGGUACCACAAUCGGACCCACCAUCCUGACGUCUUUGCGGCUCAGAACCACCGCUCCUCCCGGUUUUCCUCGCUGCAGUGCAGCUCCUGCGACAAGACCUUCUCCAACACCAUGGAGCACAAGCGGCACAUCAAAACAGAGCAUGCAGAUGUGAAGUUCCACGAGUGUGACCAGUGCAAGGAGCUCUUCCCCACGCCCGCCCUGCUGCAGGUCCACAUCAAGUGCCAGCACUCAGGCUCCCAGCAUUUCCGCUGCCUGUACUGUGGGGCCACCUUCCGCUUCCCCGGGGCGCUACAGCACCACGUGACCACGGAGCACUUCAAGCAGUCAGAGAGCACCUUCCCCUGUGAGCUCUGCGGGGAGCUGUUCACCGCCCAGGCCCAGCUGCACGCACACCUGGACUCCGAGCACCCCAGGGCCGCAGGCACGGAGGCGCCGGCCACCGCCCCCCAGAUGGUGCAGGUGGUCCAGAGCGCGGAGCCGGAGGCCCCCGCGGAGCAGGUGAUCACGCUGGAGGAGACCCAGCUGGCCGGCUCGCAGGUGUUUGUCACCUUGCCAGACUCGCAGGCGCCUCAGAGCAGCUCCGAGCUGGUGGCCGUGACCGUGGAGGAGCUGCUGGACGGCACCGUGACCCUGAUCUGUGGGGAGGCCAAGUGAGCGGCCCCACGGCCGGUGGACUCGGAUGCAUGCAGUGGGGAGGAAAGUGCCUCCGCCUGCCCUCGGCACCCCCGCCCAGGCUGCCUUUUAGCCCAGCGACAACCAAAAUGGCCUCACCCGGAAACUCAGGAAGCAUCGUUUUCCUCUGAGUUCUUGGCGCUGUCAGCCUGCCUCCCUCUGCCUGGCUGCCGUGGCCUCAACAACGCUGACCACCCCCAGGGAAUAGCCCAACCAGCAGGAGGUGGAGCAGGGGGCACAGGGGGAUGGUGAGCCCCCCCAACGCACGCGCGCGAGCGCGCACGCGCGCACACACACACACACACACACACACACACACGGCUGAAAGCUGUCAGUGCCUUCUGGCUGUUUAAAUAAGAGAAAGAUGAGAAAAGCACCCUCAGACCAUCCAGGGACCCCGACCUUCAGCCUGUGGCCCUUUCCUCACUGCCCUCCCUCUCCCAUCUGCCUGGGGUCCCCCACAUCACCCAGGACAGCCCCAAGUCCUUGCUGCACCCCCACCUUGUCAGGAGGGCCAGCCCUUCCCUUAAAGACGCAGCUCUAGGGGGGUUCUGUGGAGAGAGCUGGUGUAAGUCACUCCACUGAGGGCAUUCUCCCCAGGGCUCUGCCCCUCAGGGGUCUCUCUGCCGCCUUCCCCAUCCGGGAUUGGCGGGCGGGGCCAGGGAGCUGUCGUCCCUGCCUGCCUGCCUGGGCAGCCUGCUGGGGCCCUACAGGUCAGUGGCCCUUUGGAGUCUGGAUUUCACAAGGAUUUUAUCUUCGGUUCCCAAAAUAUCAUCUUGUAAUUAAUGGUUUGUGAGAUCCAUUAUGAAGUGCAAUUAGAUGGAUUCAGUGCGGCCACUGGGAGGGACUGACAGGCAUUUUUGAUUCCUUGAUGCCCCCCGAGGUCAGCGUGAGCCUCGGCCCCCUGCGCGGGCUUGCUGAGGAUGCGCCCUUCCUUCCUCUCACAUGUCAGGCACAGGGGCGGUGAGUCAAUUGGAGUCAUGGCCUGGACCACACAGUGCUGGAAGGGCAGCAGGUGGGGCCUUAACAGUGCCCAGUAUCCUCUGGCCGGGCCUCGGGCAGCUUCCUACCACCAGCCAGCCCCCGUCUCCAGCCCCCCAGUUCCUCCUUUGCCCGUCGUGCCCUUCGUUCUGGUUGGCGACUGCCCAAGCUGACCCCAUCUGGGCCUGACCGCCAGAGAGAUCUUCAAAGGAACGUUGGUCUCAGAAGCCAAGGACUGGCCAGAAGAUGGUGCUCAAACCCUGACGACUUCGUCUCCGUGGGCAGCCCUCACUCCUCCGGCCCGGGCCUCCUCGUCCUCUCACAGUGCGUCCUGUCCCGGGAGCUGUCAGCCCAGGAGAAUCCUGGACCUGCAAGUGACUGACAGCCCUGGGCUGUCCCCAUGGCCCCAGACAGAGCCCAGGCAGAGAGUGGAGUGGCCUGUGCUGCAGUGGCCACAGGGGCAGCCGUGGCCACCGCUGGAACUCCAGCCCCAGAGCAAACUAAGAGACCCAAAUUGCAAAGGGCCUGAGGGGAAGGGGAUCUCUCCUGGCAGUUUCCUGACUAGGACGGAGAGGGCUGGGUGCGCGCCUGCUUGCCUGCUGCAGGCCUGGGCUCUGGCCCCAGUAUUGCAUGGUCUCCUGAGCACUGCCAGGUGUGACCCCCGACCACCACCAAACCAAAAAAAAAACAAAAAUCUGACUAGAGAACAGCUCUUAAGUGCUCAGUCCCAGGUUCAACUUCCUCCGGAGCCGCGGGAGUCUUCCUCAGGCUUCUGACAGACCCUGGGCCAUGGGGCGCACAGCGGCCGCCAUGCAGCUGUGCCCCCACCCCUGGGGCUCUAAUGGCGGGUGGAGGCGGCCACCCCGGUGCCAACCGCUGCACCGACAGCGGCUUUCUUGGCUGCUCCCCACCCCGGUGGGUGCAGGCGGAACUUUCCUAGCUCUGCCUGGCCGCCUUGCCUUUGCCCCCACUUCUGCCAUCCUCUUCUCGGUGCACGCCACCGGCUCUCCUGGGUGUUCUCAGCCCCGUUGCCAUGAGCAUGACUUGGGCCCCAGGACUUGUUCACCGGAACCCUCAGUCGUCUCCUGUCCAGAGCUCUGGGUGCAGCUGGGGCAGUAGGGGGCUGGUCAGGCAGAUUUCCUGUCCGUCUCAGCUUGUAGGCAUGAUGGGGGCACCCUUGAACCAGUAUGUCCCCAACCCUAGUCCCCAGGAGACAGAGCCCAAGUCAGCAAGUGGGACCUGAGCGCCGCAACGGAAGUGGACACGUGUGUUCUGCCCAGCUGUCCCUCACUGUCCCCAGCGCCGUUCAGCCCUGCCACUCAGGACCUGCCAAGGAAACAGCUCUUUCCUCACGGACCCCAGAAACAAUUAGCCUCACCCCCAAGGAAGAAACCACAGCAGGGGCUGAGGCUUGAAAGGGGCCUGAUCAGAGGGGCUAGGGGGACCCCAGAGACCUGCACCGGGCUUCAGAUCUGAGAGAUGAGACAGGGCCCUCGAGUUUCUCAGCCAGUGUUGAUACAGGAGGGUGGUGCCUUUAAGACAUGCGUGUGCCUGAGCUGUGUGGAUGGGCUGAGGGGUGGCAGAAACUGCUGGCCACCCAUGGAAUGGGGGCGCAUGGCAUUUUUAUUAAGUUGGGCGUGGGGGGGGCGAGAGAGCGUGUUCAGUGGGCUGAGCACGUGCUUUGCCAGCAGGAGGCCCAGGUGUGAUCCCUGACACUGUGUGUCCCCCAAGCACUGUGGAGUGUGUCCCCCCACCCCCCGAAUGAAUGAAUUGGGGUGUAGAGUGAAGUGCUGAGACACUUGGAUCAGUUGCCCUGGCCCUGUUCUGAGUCCAGAGCAUCCCAAGGGGACUUGGCGAGACAGCAGGACAGGCAGUGGUGAGGGGUGCAGGAGGAGAGCUGAGGCGGGGUUGGUCUGGUCUGGUUGCCAUAGAGAGCGGUGGGGCUGGGCGUACUCAGACCAGAAGCACGGAAGCACAACCCAAACACAAACCUGUGCAUACGUGUGUGUGUGUGCGUGUGUGUGUGUGUGUGUGCGUGUGUGUGCGUGUGUGUGUGCGCGCGCGUGUGUGUGUGUGUGUGUGUGUGUGUGUGUGUGGACUUGGGGGCUGAGGGGGGGAUGGCCCGCUGCGAGGCUGGGGCUGGGGCUUGGUGUGUGUGCGGGGCCCUGGUUCUGCGCUCCACCCCACCGGCAGAAACUGGUAGCCCUUGUGACCUUAACGCACUCCCUGAUCACGGCCACCACACCUGCUGCCACCUGCCGUUGGGACAGCUCGCCAGCCCGUGGGGCCGUGGACGUUGGACUACAAACCACUCUCCGGGCUCGGUGUGCACUGCUCCCUAUAAAUAAAACAUGGACUUGGGAAACUCAAGACUGCACGCGUUUUGCUCGGGCCAUGAUGAUGCGUGCCUGUGUGUCCUUUGUCCCAGGCGGCUGUGGGACAGGCCAGGGCUGGGCGGCCAGCUCUCCAGGGCCGCUGUGCCUGCAGCCACAUCAGCGCAGGUGAGGCCAGCUGGCAUUCUUCUCUGGCCUGCGGGUGGGGUGUGGGGCUCGAUAUCCCGGUGUGGGGGGGGCAC